UGCAAAAAAAAGAUGAUUUGUUGACAAUCUAGUUCAUCUUCCUUUGUCACUGGGUCGCUGUCCUUUCACUAAUCGCUCAAUACCCAGCCCGGUUGUCACGACAAACACUUCCGUAGCAACGCCACGUACACUACCGGCCAUUUUCUCUGCCACCCGUAUAUGCGAGCGAUCGUCAGCUGAACGACAGACGAGUAGGACCAAUAUCAGUUGCAUGAUUUUCAGCAAGCAAAGAGCCAGGACGCAUAUUUCUCGGACCCGAAUGAAAAAAAAGUAUCCAGCUCUUCCAUCGAUCUGGUCCAGGUUGUAAAGCGCCGCUGUUGCCAUGUGUCGCUGGGGAUGUCCCACAACUAACACGACGUUCAUGUGCAAGUGGUGUGGAACAUGGUUCUGCAAAGAAUGCUUACGAGGUGCUUACGUUGGUGUUGCCACGGAGACGCUGAAAUGCCGUGUCUGCAACCAAGCAAAGUGUCAAGGUACUAAAGUCGACUUUCUUCUCAGACCGCCUCCUAGCGCUGAGGACUCAGGAAACAAGAAGGGAGGCAAAUCAGCAAGCAGUGCCAAAAGCCGCAGUGCUUCCCCUUCUAAAUCAGCGAAAGUCAGUAAAAGUUCAAAGUCUAAGGGAAAGAAAGGUGGUAAAAAGAAGGCGGGCAAGAAAAAGAAGAAGUGAAGCUUUCUGGGUAACAUAAGGCCAGAUUUGAACUACGAACGCAAUCAGCAAAUUUUUGUGUUGUGGGAAAGGAGGAGCACGAUCCUGAUUCUGAUAAACAUCACUUAUUUACCUCUUUUUGCUCUAUUUCAUUGUGCAUCAAAUUUUUUCUUUACGCAAAUGUCAUGAUUAUGAAAAAUUAUUUUCUUUGACUGAUUUGUUCAUAAAUAAAUUUUGAUUUUUUAAACUUCAUUCAUUUUUUAAUAUAAUUAAUUUUUAAAAUAUUUAUUCUUACACACACAUAAAUAUAUUGACGUUUUAUAUAUAUAUAUACUUUAACGUCUCUUUAUAUAAUAUAAAUAAUGUCAGAAUAAAUUUGUUAAAUUAUUUUGCAUAAUCUUUUAUCCAACGUCAUGAAUUAUACUUAUUCACCAAUUCAGUUUAUAUAUCUAGUAUAAAAGAUGUGUAUUAUUUUAGUAUGUGUUGACUGUUCUGCAAGCAUGCUGCAUUUAUUGUCACUAAGAAUUGGUAUUCACUUGCGGAGGUUGCAGAAAAAAUUUAUAUAUAUAUAAAAGGAUGAGAGAUAUAUAAAUAUCAUCUGUAUAUAUAUAUAUCUGCGUGUAGCACAGAGGCCAAAAUACUUAUUUGACUUUAUUUUAAGCCCAUGCCCUACUUCCUAUAAAAUGACUGUGAUAUAAAAGGUUCAUUUUAAAAUAGUUUAGACCACGAGCAAUAAUGUAAAUACUGCCUAUAUUUUUUUCAUAUUAUUUUCUUUUUAACACAGACAUUUUGUUGUAUGUCUCAAUUUUUCAUGGUCGCCAGAUGAUAGUUUUAAUAUGAUAUUUUGAUAAUAAACUUACACUGUUUAAAAUCUCCAUGUGUUUGUGA